AAAAGUCGUAGUGACACAUAAACAAAUGGUGGGAAAUGGGAAGAUUUGCAUGUUCUUGCUCGUUUGAAAGUUAAAUUAUCGAAGUAUUUGACAUGUCUUUUGGAAAAUGACACCUGACAUGUUUCAUUUAUUUAUUGUUUUGCUCACAUUCACACCAGUAAUAACUCAAAAUACAGCUCAGACUGUCAUAGCAAAUGCUGCAUUUGAAGAUGUAGCACCUUGUCCUUGUGAUCUAACAAAGGGAUCCUGUGAUAUAAGAUGCUGUUGUGAUGGGGACUGUAGUAGUGAUGAGAAACAAACAUUUGAUAGCUGCAUCCCGUUUUUACCUGGAGGGCAGAGUGCCGAGGACCAGCAGUAUGAAUGUUCAUCCAAACACCAUAAUAAACCUGAUUGGUUCCCGUUCUUAUGUGUAGUGUUUGAGUAUAAUGCAUUCCUUGGUUACUUCUAUGAUUGGCAGUACAAGCUUGCGGAGAAUAGUCAAGCUCUCCUUAGUCGACUUUAUACCAGAACCUUCUACUGGUACAGAGAACUCGAGCCAAGAACUCUGCCUGAUUCACCUGAGGGUGCUUACAAGUAUGGAGUGAAUAUGAAGACAACUAAAGGCCUACUGACGCUUCCUCAGCCAAUUUUGAGUGGCCAAUGUUUAUAUACAGCACCUGUGCAGUACCUGAAAGAUAUAGACACCUCCUGCACAUUUCAGUUAUCUAACCGAUUGUGCAGCCAGUCUUCAGUUCUAAGCGUGCUUUCAUACAUAAAUAAAAUAAACAAUAUUAGUGUUCUGGCUGGCAGUUCAAGCAUUGUACCAGCUACAACGACUGUGGUAUACAAGUGUGCCACAGAUGUAAGUUCCUAUAUAAAAUCUUCACAGACAAUAAAUGAUUUAGUGGAUAAUACUCAAGUAUAUAAAUUUAAUUACAACUUGCCCACUGGCGAACAGUGUGUUGACGACUGUGCCGUGUGUGACAAUUUCAACGAUUCACCAAAUACUGAUACCCCAAUCAACAAUUGUCCAUCACAGACACCCACAACUAGCCUGGACGCGAACGGUGUUUGUUUAAAUGCUGUUAUCGACGUAGACUACACAAUAAAAUGGACGGGUAACACAACCGAACAGUUAGACGCAGUUAUAACUCUGGGUAAUAUAGAAAUACAGAAUGCCGCAGGAAUUAAUAAUGUCCUUACACAGAAAUAUAAAACAACUUUCAUCCAUAAUGUGACGGCACCAGGUGAUGGAGCCAUUGAUAAUUUCAAUAACAUCACCGACGCUUCAUACGAGCGAUCAGGCAGAGUAGGCUACGAUAUUGGACGUACGAUAUUUACCGGCUACGAGAUUUUGAACACAACUCUGACACCACCUCAAUUCAUGUAUGUUAACACCAACACGUCGAGGCAAAUGGCAGUGUUCGAUACAUCUGCGGAUGGCUUGUGUAGGAACGCUGGAAGAAGGAGUAUAAAGUUUCAAGAGGAUAUCACCACUCGGUGUAAAUUGAUGUUAAAUCAUGCAGAGUUUUCUGACUGCUCUGGUUUAAGGAAGUUGAUCAUAAAUAGACUAAACAACCUGAUGCCAUCAAAUUUGAUUGGUCGUCGAGGUUACAAUGAUAAUACUAACAGAGGAUACUGGCUUGAGGUUCUCAGGGAUGACUUGAAAUCCAGUUGUGAUCUUAGCGAGUAUUUCCCAUUAGGUAUGAGCCCAGUUGACAACCGCACAGGAAUUUGUUACAACAUUACCGAUGGAAUACAUCUGCAGAUUUUUUAUGGAGUAACUGGAAAAUCUAAUGGAUUUCCCAUCUACGAAAUUCUUGGAAGUAAAGUCAGUUAUUCCAAUUCAACCUGGCAAGUACAAUGUAGCGGGCCUGCUGGUGGCGUGUGCCGAGAAACAAACUCACAACCAUUUUAUGUGACCAAUUCUGUGAGGUUUAUAGAAAUUCCACCAGUGACCCCUGAACCUGUCUCAAAAUACUAUGAAGUGCCUAGAGAAGAAGACAAGCAGUUAUGUCCGGGGGAUCGUUGCUGGGACAAUUUAUUCUACCCAUUUACACGGCGAUACAGUGCCGACAAUCGAGAAUACGUGUUCGGAAUGGUCUCUUUGUCUAUCAUAUUCUUUAUAGGAUAUUUCCUUGUUGCUAGACCAUUCUGGUGAAAACAUUUAUCUAGUAUUAUAAUGUAAAAAGCUGCAGAAGGGCGAGGAAAAGUUUUAAUUAGUGCUUAAAUGUGCAAAAUAGUUUUGAAGAUUGAUAUAUACAGACAGUUAGUAAGCCAUGGAUACUACAAUAUAUACAGAAAGAAAUUUUGUAGGCAUUGGAUACUACCCCUUGUAUACUAGUGGUACUCUUAUAAUGUACGUGUAUUUCAAAUUGGAAGCCUCUAAAGGUGUUACAGGCAUUGUAUACA